UCACCAAGAGAAAAAGCAAUAGCUCACAAUAUUAGAGUCGUGCUUUAGGCUGCAGCCUUUAAGGCCAGCUUUAAAUGGGAAAACUUGGAACAUAUGAUGGACCCUCCCCAAAUAAGCAGUCCAGACUUCAGCACGCACGAGUAGUCAAGCAAGCCUAUAAAAAUGAUCUGAAGUUUACGAGGAAUAAUCCAGUAGUCACGAGGAGAGACACACAGACUUUCUGCUAAGACAGAUUUGACAUCUUUGGAACAGAGAUGAACCUAACGGCGGAGAAGCACUCUGUCCCUCUGAUUGAUGGAAACUCCAUGCCCCUCAUGGGACUGGGGACGUAUGGGGACCCAAGGACGACACCUAAAGGCACUGCUUAUGAAGCUGUGAGGACGGCCAUAGAUGUGGGAUACAGACACAUUGAUGGCGCACUGGUAUAUUUCAAUGAACAUGAGGUUGGCCAGGCAAUCCGUGAGAAAAUUGCCGAUAAAACCGUAAAACGAGAGGAUAUUUUUUACUGUGGAAAGCUGUGGAGCACUUAUCACCCUCCAGAAAUGGUGCGACCUGCCCUAGAGAAAACUCUUAAGACGCUUCAACUUGAUUAUGUAGAUCUCUACAUCAUCGAGCUUCCUAUUGCUUUCAAGCCUGGAGAUGUAUUUUAUCCCAAAGAUGAGAAUGGGAAGUACAUUUACGGUGACGCAGAUCUCUGUGCCACGUGGGAAGCCUUAGAGGCUUGUAAAGAUGCUGGACUAGUGAAGUCUCUGGGAGUGUCCAACUUUAAUCGCAGGCAGCUAGAGCUUAUACUAAAAAAGCCAGGACUGAAACACAGACCUGUCUCAAAUCAAAUUGAAUGCCAUCCAUAUUUCACACAGCCUAAACUGAUGGAGUACUGUAAGCAAAAUGGCAUUGUGGUUGUUGGCUACAGCCCACUGGGAACUUCACGAGAUGCAUCCUGGGUCAACUUGAAAUGCCCACCGAUGUUGGAGGACGAGGUGCUGGUCGCCAUUGGCAAGAAAUACAACAAGAACAGUGCUCAGGUGGCCCUACGCUUCAAUGUACAGCGAGGUGUGGCAGUCAUCCCAAAAAGCUUCACUGCCCAACGCAUCAAGGAAAACUUUCAGAUAUUUGACUUUUCACUCACUGCUGAAGAAAUGAAAGCAAUUGAAGGACUACACAAAAACAUCCGAUUUGUUGAGCUUCUCAUGUGGAGUGACCAUCCAGAAUACCCAUUUCAUGAUGACUAUUAAGAGAAGACAUUACCAGAAGAUGAAGUACUAUAUUUAAUACCACUACUAGUCAUGUUACUACACAGCAUAAACACCACUACCCACACUACCACCACAGUACUAGGCUACUACCACUACACCAAUUGCUACUGAAUAAUAUAUAAUGAAUAAAUACUGAAACCUCUCA